AUGACGGAGGUGACGAAGGAAGCGUUAAACGAAGCGAAAAAGAAGCGGAGAUGUGCAAAAUCGAGUGUUACAAGGGCAGGAAAUGUCUUGGAUUAUUUAUUGAAAAAUGAGAGACCUAUACCGGAAGUUGAGGAAUCACUCGCUAAUUUGGAAGAUUUAUACAAGAAAUUGGUUGAAAAACACGACGAAUAUAUUCAGUUGGUGGAUGGCGAUGAAGAAUUUGCAACUGAGGAAGAAUGGAUUGAAGAUUGUCAACAGAGGUUUAUGCAGAUAAGGAUCAGAACAAAGGAUUAUUUAAAGGUCAAGUCACAAGGUCAGUUUGAAAAUGAAACAAACCCAGAAACAGGUUUAGUGCCCAAUCAAACCGAGACAACUGUUAGUGACAAUGGGCAGCAAGAGCAUGACGGUAUCCCUGGGUCUGGUCAAGGCCCAUCCCACCAAGGUGAAGGUCCAUCCCACCAAGGUCAAUCCCCAACCCACGAAGGUCAAACCCCAACCCAUGAAGGUCAACCCCCAUCCCACCAAGGUCAACCCCCAUCCCACCAAGGUCAACCCCGAACCCACCAAGGUCAACCCCUAUCCCACCGAGGUCAACCCCCAUCCCACCAAGGUCAACCCCCAACCCACCAAGGUCAACCCCCAUCCCACCAAGGUCAAACCCCAUCCCACCAAGGUCAACCCCCAACCCACCAAGGUCAAGAACACAAUAGUUCAAGUGAGGGUGCCCAAAGUAUUUCAAAUGUUCAACCUGUUUGUGGUUUCAAAAUGGAGAAGCCAAAAAUGCCUCGAUUUAGUGGUGAUGUCAGAGAGUACAGUAUUUUUCGAGAUGACUUUAAGCAUGCUAUUGAAUCUAGAUACAGUAAACGAGAUGCAAUGACGUAUCUUCGUGCAUGCUUGCAGGGAAAACCCCUAGAGCUUAUCAAAGGAAUUGGUACAGAUUAUGAUGGUGCAUGGCAAUAUUUAGACUCAAUCUAUGGAGACCCCAGAUAUGUGUCGGACCAAGUAACCCAAGAUCUGUCAAAGUUCCGACCCCUGAAAGAAGGAGAAGAUUCACGCUUUAGUGAUCUGGUGCAUUUAGUAAAGCGUAGUUUCAAUACAAUGAAGGGAGUGGGAAAACCCCAUGAUAUGGAUAACAAUCACAUGUUAUCACUAAUAGAACAGAAAAUGUGUGUGGAAGAUAGAAAGAUUUGGGCUCGUGAAUUGGAAAGGAAUGAAAAGCCAGCAAGCUUACAAGGUCUCGUUGCUUGGAUGGAGACGGAAAUGAAGUCGAGGAUGCGUGCAACUGCUCCACUGAGAAAUCCGAGUCAGGGUUCGAGUUAUGUCAAUCAGCUAUCUGGAGGAAAACCACCAAAGUGUUGGAUCUGCGACAAUUCAACGCACUGGGUAGACCAAUGUGAAAAAUUUAAGUCCAUGAGUCCAGAGGACCGUUUGAAAACAGUAAGAGAAAACCACGCUUGUUUCAGUUGUCUUAAGAAGGCCGGACGUGACCACAGGGCAUCAAACUGUAGCAGAAGGAAGCAGUGUACACAGAAAAUAAGUGGCGUUCAAUGUAAAUAUUAUCAUCAUAUUCUUUUGCAUCCUUCAAAUCCUGCAGCAUCAGUGGGUGUAGCAUCGGUAGAAAACAACACGGAAGCAAUGCUGCCAGUUAUAACAGUGAAGAUAUCUGGAAAGAACAAUCGACACAAACAAGGGAACAUUCUACUCGACUCUGGAGCACAAAUAAGUCUGAUUUGCACAAGUACAGCAAAGAAUUUGGAUUUAAAAGGAAAGGAUGUUUCGAUAACUAUUAGAAAAGUGGGCGGUGAAGAAGAAAUGUUGGCGACAAAAGUAUAUCAAGUUCCCAUUACGUCAUUGGAGUCUGGUGCGAAGUUCACAGUCAAAGCUGUUGGAAUUCCAUAUAUUAGCGAUGACAUUUCAAAUAUCAAUAUUGAUGAAAUGGUAAAAGGUAUUGGAAUCCCUGAAGUGAAAAUUUACCGAGAAUGUGGCCCAAUCGAUAUGCUUAUUGGGAUUGAUCACGCUUAUAUGCAUACUGGAGAUUCAAAGAAAGUCGGUAACGUUGUUGCGAGACAUUCACCUCUUGGUUGGAUUAUUUUUGGAGCGAUACCAGGCUUGCAGCAAACCAGUAGAGUAUUUCAUGUCCAGUAUACAAGACCUGUAGAUCUCACUGACUUCUGGACGAGCGAAGCAAUGGGAGUUAGUCAAUCAAAUAUUGAAAUGCAUGGAAAGUUGAGCAAGAUCGAGCAAGAAGAAACCAAACUAAUCGAGCAAGGAUGCAAGCUAAUUGGAAAUAGAUGGGAAAUGGCGUACCCUUGGAAAACUGACCCCAAAACCCUUCCCGACAACCGAGAACAAGCU